AAGCAUUAAGGGUGCUUACACCUGAGCUAAAUUAUGCCUAACACCUGUUUCUAAUUCCAGUGAGCAUGGGGAGAGCAGCAUAAAAGAAGUCACACAACCAGCAGACGAGAGAGAACCUGGGUCCAGAAAGUGAUUAUUGUGAAGCUAAGAAUUUAUUAUUGUGAAGCUGAAGAGAUUAGUGUGUGAAACUGGGAGCGCUGAAGUGUGGUCAUUAAAAUCCUUACCUAUUUCACAACUCUCCAACAAUGGAAUUGGACUUCUUUUAUACAGAGAACAUCAGUAUUAAUCACAGCACGCUCUUCAAUGAUAGCAGAAACAUCACAUUCUUACCGUAUUAUCAGCACUCUCUUGCGGUGGCUACACUCUUCAUCCUGGCGUACAUUCUCAUCUUCUCCCUGUGCAUGCUCGGAAAUAUCCUGGUGUGCUUCAUUGUGCUUAAAAACAGGCAGAUGAGAACUGUCACCAACAUCUUCAUCCUCAAUCUGGCCAUCAGUGACCUGCUGGUGGGCAUCUUCUGCCUCCCCAUCACUCUGGUGGACAACCUGAUCACAGGUUGGCCAUUUGAUGUAGUGAUCUGUAAAAUGAGUGGACUCGUCCAGGGAGCUUCAGUCUCGGCGUCUGUCUUUACAUUGGUGGCAAUCGCAGUAGAAAGGUUUCGUUGUAUCGUGUAUCCGUUUCAGCAGAAGUUGACGCAGCGUGAAGCUAUCAUCAUGAUCGCAUUCAUCUGGGCGCUGGCCACCGCCAUCAUGUGUCCAUCAGCGGUCACGCUAACCAUCUCCCAGGACGUCCUUCACUUCAUGGUGGACCGGGACAACAUCACGUACCCUCUGUACACCUGCUGGGAGGCAUGGCCUGACCAGAGCAUGAGGAAGAUGUACACCACCGUUCUCUUCUCGCUCAUCUACCUGGCUCCCGUCACACUCAUCGUCAUCAUGUACACGCGAAUUGCCGUCAAGCUCGUCAAAUCACCCGCCUCCAUCCGAGACGCCCACGCCGAGGAAAGUCGAAGGGUUUUCCGCAGGAAGUUGAGGGUUGUGAAUAUGUUGUUGAUCGUGGCUUUGCUCUUCACCAUAUCUUGGUUGCCUCUCUGGAUCCUCAUUAUGUUGACAGACUACGGAAAUCUGUCAGAGAGUCAACUCGAUCUCGUGGCCGUUUAUAUCUUUCCGUUCGCUCACUGGCUCGCUUUUUUCAACAGCAGCGUCAACCCCGUCGUCUAUGGCUACUUCAACGAGAACUUCCGCCGUGGCUUUCAGGCAGCGUUUAAGUUUGGAUUGUGUCUGGUCGAGGUGCCACCGCAGCCAGGCAGGGAACUGGGGAGACGGAACAGCACAUGGAAGCAUAACCGGGUAUUUGCGGAUGGGAACAGGGCGAGAGGGAAUGCCAAGGGCAACGGCAAGAGAGAGUUUUACAAUGGCGAACGGCACGAUGAGUUAGUUCUGGAGGAUUUAGACUGAAGCAGCUAGAUCUUCAUUCACAUGCAUGUGCUCUAUAGUGUUUAAAAACCCUUGAUGUUUCCUAUUGCCACAAACGAGCAUGUGUGAGAGCAACAGCAAGGCAAACAGCACUGCCACUCAAAAUCACUGCAAAUGCACCUGCUACACACAAAAGCACAAAAAACAUCUGUAAAUGACUUUAAUAGGCUGCCAACAAGCAUGAUAUUGAUAUGUGCAUCAUGAAUGUAUUCAUUAAUGCUUUUUUCUUGCAAGUGCCAUUGAGUUGAUAGGGAUGCUAACAAUUCAUUCUUGGUAUAGAGUGCAACAGUCUGGUUCCACUUCUGUUCUGCCGAUGAUAGAGAUUUUAAUGUGCAACUAGUACACGCAAAUAGAACAGUAGUGUAUCUUAAGAAACAUGACCAUAGAUGUUUGUUUUUUUUAUCUUUAACUCUUACAACGUUCAUCAGAAUUCUAACUUAAAAUGUGUCACGAUGCUUCUUUCGCUGCUCAUGCUGCCAAUAAAUGGCUUGACCCCGGUACUGCUGCUUUCAGCUAUAUUUUUAUUUAGUUAUCACUGUACAAUAUGGUUCUAUUCAUUAACAUUAGUAAAUGCAUUCCUAUAUUUAGGCUUCUGUGCAUUAUCACAGUGAGAAUCAAUAGCCCAUUUCACACAUGCAACCAGGUAAAUUACAGGAAAAUUGGUGGGUUGCCUUUACUGGUAAAUGUACCACAUGUGCUGUUCACACAUACCAUCAAUAUGGAAAUUUAUGAUACAACUUCUCAUUAAGGGAAAUUGCCAGAGCAACAUUUACCAAUAUUUUCAAAAAGGUUGUGUUCACACAUGACCUCUAACCAGAAAAUGCAGUACAAUUUCUGGAAAACGGUGUAUGUGUGAAAGGGGCUAAUGGGUUCAUCGAAAAGCUGAAAAUGUUUGCUUUCAGAGGAUGAAAAUAAGGUGCAUUUCAAACUGUUCUGAGACCAGUGCAGACAGACAGCACACUGGAGGUUAAGUCAUUCACUAAAUAGGGAGCAAGGGAGCAUCCUAUAGCUCUCUAUGCAGUUAAGUGCAUUCACUCCUAAAAUCUGAUCAAAAGUUCAGUUUCAGGUUGCAGAUGAUGUUUGGAUCACUCAACAUGUUUGACAGACAUGUGACAAUGAUAAUCAGUACAUAGAUUCAGAAUUUAUAAUGUAUCAUUUUAUUUGAACAUGGUUGGCAGUGAUUGGAUGAUGCUGGACAUUACUUUGAAUCUGAAUUAAUUAUGAUAAUUUCUGAUGUAAUGUCUGAAAAAAUCAGAUUUCUAUAGCUUGAUAUUAUUUACAAUUUCACAACUUAAUCCCGCUGUCCACAUAUGAGGACGUACAUUUUUAGGAAAACUAUUUGCUCUAGAAUUUUUUUUUUUUUCGUAUUUAUUAAGUGCUACUAGUUACAAAUCAAAAAGAGGAAUGGAAAAUGCACACAGCAGUCACGCUCGGGUCUCAAGAGGUUUAAGACAAACCUACCGUGAGCUCUGAGGUUUUUCAUCGAUGGUUUAUACUUCUGUCCGCAUUAUUUCAACUACAUGUUUUAGAAAUCGUGUUUAAUAGUGGAAUGCCUGGUAAACAACUACACUACCCAUGAUCCUAGAGAGAAAGAUCCACCAAUCAGAGAAUCGCUGCAAACAAAGUGCGCCUAAAGAGCUCUGCAGCUCCGCCCACUCUAAUGAUGCACUGUGAAUGUAUUGUAUUUUUAAUGAACUGAGUUUGUGUUAUAUUGAAAUGGGAAUCACUUGUUAUUGUUUACAGUAGUUGUUGCUGUUAAAGAAUAGAGUUUAUAUUGUGCUGUGGUUAAUCUUGU